AUGACAGAAACGGUAGACCGGAACAAGGAUGUCUACAAACUCGCUGCACUACCUUUCGUUCUGGAGCGCAAAGGGGACUAUGAUGAAGCGAUCCGUAUAUACAAAACGGCUAUUGAGAUCCUGGAUGAGUUGAUCCAGAGAUUCAAAAAAGGGCACGAUGUCCGCAAAGUUAACAGGAAGAUGUUUGAGCGGCAAGUGAAUGUUCAUCGUGAACGUUUAGCUUAUUUGGAGGGCCUCAAGCGUACCGGCAGCUUCAGCAACAUCGUCCUACCGCCCACCAUCCUAGAUGCAAUGGAGGAGAUGGAAAAGGAGAACGGGAAAACCUGGACAUUGUCCCAGAUUCGCAAAGCUCUUCAUGAAUUCCAAAAAAAUGCCCCGCCCAACGCUGCGCCAGACCUGAGCGCAGCCCCAGUUCACAUUCACCCGUUCCUCAGCACGGGUUCAUUAGAAGUUCCAUUCUUCUCUCCAACCCUGGUGCCAUCUGAACCUACGAUCACUUAUCGAAUAACACAUUCUUCGGAACUUGUUGAUCUGGGCAUGCGGUCUCACUGGUUCUUUGUGAAAGACAUCACCAACACACAUGUUCUGUACGCCCUGCAGUUCAUUUGGAGUAACGAAGUGCCCAUUGUUGAGACUGUUCUUCGGCGAGCUGGUGAAUUCUUGCCUCAAAUUGGAGCGACAAGUGUGAAGAUUCAGAAGAUGAAAGGAGGCAGUUUCCGACUCACUACACGCACAAUCCCGGAUAUGGGAGCGAUAACCGAAAUUCCAGAUGGAGAGAUGCAGAGGAAAAAUUGGUCACCACGGCGAUUUGAGUAUGGUGGUCGCAAGUUCGUUUGGAAAAGCGCUGCCGCAGAAGGGAAGAAAGAGGAAGGCGGGUUUUUUGGUAGUUUCGGAAUCGCGUGGGAGACGCUGUAUGAGACCAAACGAGUCUGGGCCAAGGAAGGAAGCCGGACAGGAAAGAUGGAAGAUGAGAUUGUUGGUUCCAGAUUGUGCUGGGGGGAGAAGAAGGGUGGAAACGGUGCGGAUCACAGCAUUCAUAUGGUUGGUGGCUUGGACUUGUACUUCCGAGAGCAUUUGUUGGCGGCGCAAUUGUCAAGAUUGGCGCGUGCCAGCUAUCCACCACAUAAGGAUACCACAGGGAUCGAAGUCGCAGCCGUCGGUGCCACCUGGCUGGGAAUUGCCGCUUCUCUUGCGUGA